AUGCCGGCUGAUGGUUCAAGGCCAAAAAUUACCGAUAUGCCAGUCGUACUAGAACCGCCAUUUCCUACGUUUACGCCACGUCCGCUAAAAGAAAAUUUGAACAAACAAACAGCAAAUUUAAUCCUCGUCAAUACAUCACCUCACAAACUUAUUUUUAAAAUUGUUCCAAAUUCCACAGAUAUCAACUAUUUGAUUCAACCAGAAAUUGAUUAUUUGGCACCAAAUGGUUGCCGUCUUAUUGGUAUUUCAAUAAAUGAUACACCAAAACCAAAAAAGGAACAUGAUUUCACAUAUAAAGUCUUAGCAUUAAAUCCCACUGAAAGUUUCGGAUUAUCAGCUAUACAGUACUGGGAGCAGAAUCAACCAGAAAAUAACGCUCAUCUACUUCAAGAAGCUCAAUUUGUAUGUUUGGAGCCAGAAAUGGAAUCACCGCAUCGUAAACAGCAGCAUCGCAUUGAUAAUGACAUGAAAGUUUCAUUAUCGACUGAAUAUGCUAAACGAAUUCGACGACAUACUGCUCUUCUUGAUCAUUCUCGAACUUCAAAUGAUUCAGAGUCAAAUUCACCAGUAUAUUAUAAGAAGCAAUUAGUGCCAAAAGAUAUUGAUGCUGAAAUUGUAACAGAUUCGAAAAAUGACUAUCAUUGUCAAUGUACAAAUUCUAAUCAUUAUUUUUGGCAAGAAGCUGCUACAAUGCGUAGCUUUUUUUAUGGAUUUAUAUUCGCUUUCAUUUGUUCAGCAAUAUUAGUUAUCCGAAAAAACAGAUAA